AUGGAGCAAGAAAGCGCAAAAAAAGUCACACUACAAUUUUCCUAUCAAGAGGGAGAGAAUGAAACAGACAAGGGAAAGCAUACUGCUAGUACCGAAGAACUGUCUACUGUCCAUCUGAUAUGUAGUACUGACUUUCCUGACUUUCUCUACUUGCGCCCUAUCUCGCCGAGUUGGAGAGAAGAGAGAAACAUUUGCACCACAAAGGUUACGAGAGAAGUAUCUAAGCAACAACUUGCAAAAGGGAUGACGGACAGACAGGACAGGUCUGUAGACUAUAGAAAUGAAGCGGGAGGCGAGAUAAAAACUGCACUGAGGACAUAUGUCCCGGGAAAGAUAGAAUGUCAGCAAUUUGGUUUAAUCAGUAUUAGAAAUACUGCAUUGAUUCGUCCACAGUCCACUGACCCAUUCACUAUGAGAGAGAAAUUGAUCAAGAGAGCUGAUUGUCCAUCGGUGGUUGAUACCAUGAGAAUUGUUUCAAUAUGGCGAGUAAACCAUGACCGAUUCAUGCGUUCCAAGGCGCACACCAAAUAUCUGGAUUUAAUCCCGAUAAUGACUACCCUCUGGACCGCCGUGCAAGCUAGCAAUGUCGUUUGA